UUUAUAAUCGGCGCAAAGCAGAGGGUAUUUUUGACCCUUUGCCAAAUAAGAAUGUAUGAAGCCCUAAAACUCUUUCGAACAUAGCAUGGCAGUUUGUUUCAUAGUUAAAGCUUCAAUCCAGCUUCAUUGUAGAGCCAUUGUCAUCCCUUGGGUGCAAAAAUUCAGUGCCAUAAGCUGCUGCCGGAGCAGAGAUUAUAGCGCUUUUCCAGUUAGGCACAUUCCCAAGAGAUCAAAUGAACACCAAGUGUCAGAAGCUGAUUUGCCAAGGAAACACUUUUUGGACAUAGAAAAGCACAGUUUCUUGGACGGGAAUGUUCAGGAAACUGAAUUUUCUGUUGGUGGAAGGUCUAAGUAUGGAGACAUACCUUUUCAUUCCAAGUCUCAAAAUCAUAAACAAAAGCUUAUAACCAGCCUGGACGAUGAGGUUGAAUGGGGGAAGGAAGAUGAAGAUAACGAAGAUAUUGUACUUGAACGUGGUAUAGCUGAAACUGAUAAAGCUAAGCAAGAUGCUGAAAGAAUUGCAGUUCAAUUACUUGCUUCAAGAGCACUUACGGCUGUAGAACUGAAGAAGAAGCUUCUAGGAAGAAAGUUUACACUCAAUGUUGUUAACGCUGUAAUAACAGAUUUCCAUACCAGGGGUUUAAUCAAUGACGGUCUGUAUGCUGAAAUGUUUUCUCGGUCCAGAUGGUCUUCCUCAAGUUGGGGUCCAAGACGAAUCAAGCAAGCCUUAAUCAAGAAGGGUGUAAGCAAAGUGGAUACAGAAAAUGCCAUAAAAAUGGUCUUCAAGAAUGACGAAGCUGGUGAAGAGCAAGAAUCAGGACUUGCUAUGUCAAAACCUUCUAUGGAUCAAUUGUUUGUCCAGGCAUCUAAACAGUGGCUUAAAGGGCAGGGUGUGCCUAGAGAAAAACGUAAAGCAAGGAUUAUUCGUUGGCUUCAGUACCGUGGCUUUGAUUGGAAUGUGGUUAGUUCCAUACUUAAGAAGUUAGAAUCCACCUAUCCUCAAUAGAGUCUCGUUACUCGGUGAAAGAGAUUAUGAUAAUCCGUUUGCUGUUGCCAUAUAGUUGAAUGAGGUAGACAAAAGCAUUGCUUCCUACUGGAUCGGUUAUUCAGUCUAUUUUAGCAAUCUCAAAGAAAGUUUGACGUGUUAAGAUCAACAUAGAAGGCUGGUUGUGUUGGCGAUGACUUCAUCUUACAGAAUUCAAGAGUCCUCAGUCUAUUUUAGCAAUCUCAAAGAAAGUUUGACGUGUUAAGAUCAACAUAGAAGGCUGGUUGUGUUGGCGAUGACUUCAUCUUACAGAAUUCAAGAGUCCUGGAAGUCCUGUUCUGUCAGGAUUGAGCAGUAUCACUAGAAGUAAAUUGUAUGUUGUGCCAUAUACACCAGACUGUAAAUAAGAAUGCUGCCAUUUUCAGUUUGAUGUUUUGUCCCCACACUUUGGUCACAAACUCUGUUAUAGACGAAAGCUUGGUAUUCAACAGGAGAAGAUUUGAGGGGCGAACUCAUUAUCCAUCGAGUUUCGAACUAUGAACUACUAACCCUUAGGAAUUUCUCGGUUAUCAAGAAAGAAUUCCACUUUAUGUUUCCUGCAUGCUUUUCUUAUUGAUAGAAAAUGAUAAAUUUUCAUAUAGUGUGGAAUGUAGACCACAUCGGUCCAAGGAAUGAUGGUUCACUAAUAGUUUCUUUUUUGUAGCCAUCUCUUGAUUUGAGUUAUUCUGUCC